AUGUCCGGCGGGCUGGAGAAGGCGCCCCUGGCCGCGGCGGGGCCGGAGGAGCCGGAGCGGUGCCCGACGCCCCCCGCUUAUUCGGCUGUGAUGGCGAAACCCUCUAGCACAGGGCGGCUGCUGAGGAUCGGGGCCAUGGCGCUCAUCAGCGGAGCUCUCCUGCUCCUCCUCGGGGCCAUAGGAGCCUUUUACUACUGGAAGGCGAAUGACAAAGAGCUCUACAACGUUCACUACACAAUGAGUAUUAACGGGAAAGUGCAAGAGGCAUCGAUGGAAAUUGACGCUGGGAACAAUCUGGAGAUUUUUAAAACCGGAAGUGGAAGUGAAGAGGCGAUUGAAGUCCAUGAUUUUCAGAUAGGCAUCACCGGGAUCCGUUUUGCUGGUGGAGAGAAAUGCUUCAUUAAAGCUCAAGCUAAAACUCGGGUCCCUGAAGUCAACGCCAUGGCCAAAGAGACCCUCUCCUUUGACCUGGAAGAUGAGAUUUUGCCGGCUAAAUUCGAUGAAAACUCCCUUGUUUGGGUGGCUGCAGACCAGCCUAUAAAGAACAACAAUUUCCUGAGUCCCAAAAUCUUAGAGCUUUGUGGGGAUCUUCAGAUUUUCUGGCUUCGACCGUCCUACCCCAAAGUUGGGCAGAGAAGAAAGAGAGGAGCCACCCGGGGGAGACGCCAGGCUCAGUCGAAUUUCGACCUGGACCAGUUUGAAGCGGCUGCCGAGGAAGCCAACCUCAGGCCCCGGGCACCGCAGAGGGCUCGGGAGCAGGAACGCCCCUCGAACGAUACCAGACCUUCUGGGAGAGACGUCAGGCCCACCUUCAAUCCGGACAACCCUUACCACCAGCUAGAAGGACGGGAAGGGAUGACCUUCGACCCUCGUCUGGACCACGAAGGCAUCUGCUGUAUCGAGUGCAGGCGGAGCUACACUCACUGCCAGCGGAUCUGCGAACCCCUCCUGGGCUACUACCCCUGGCCUUACAAUUACCAAGGGUGCCGCUCCGCAUGCCGCCUCAUCAUGCCCUGCAGCUGGUGGGUGGCCCGCAUCUUGGGGGUGGUAUGAAGG